AUGAAGGGCCGAAGGCGAGGUUGGAUGGACUUCCUCGUCGUUCUGCUCCUCUUUGUCUUGGUCGACGCCUCCGCGACUUCAAGUCGUGAGCUUAUGCGCUCGCUCCCGCGUCCGCAUAAAGCUGCCCAAGGCUGCGACUGGUCUGACUUCUACAACGCCACAGGCGGACCGCACUGGACCGCCAAGUGCGCUUCGGGCGAUGCGCCCGGCAGCCCUUCCUGCUGGCUCGGCCCAGGGCGCGUGUGUCAGUGGUAUGGAGUUGAUUGCACGGCGGACACGAGCGGCUCCCCGGAGACGAUCUCCCUCCUCCUGCCCUCGAACAACCUGACUGGCCACCUGCCUGACUCGCUCGCCCGCCUGUGCUCCCUCAAUUCGCUGGUACUGGAAGACAACUACAUUCAAAGCGUGUCCGCCUUGGGCCAAUACCCACUGCCCAACAUCUGGGUCAUCAACCUCGCCCGCAACAACAUCUCAGCCCUACCACCACACUUCGGUAACCUGACCAACCUACACGGGCUCGCACUCGGUUUGAAUCCUCUGGGCGGUGGCUUUCCCGACUGGAUGAAGAACCUCGCGAGUCUCUGGAUACUCGAUCUCACCGAGUGCGGCCUAUCAGGCACUCUGCCUGACAUCUUCGGUGGCAGCUUGCCCUUCCUGUUUCAUCUCGGGCUGUCCAACAACAAUCUCACAGGCAAUCUGCCCGGCAAUUGGAGUGGAAUGUCGCAAUUGGAGCACAACAUCAUCGACCUGAGCCGAAACCGGUUCACAGGACCCAUUCCGCCGAGCAUUUUCGGUCAAGCGCUCAGCGCGCUGGUCCUGCGGCACAACCAACUCUCCGGCUCCAUUCCGGUAAUCACGCGUGCCAUCAACCUCCGCGUCUUUGAUGCCGCUUACAACCGGUUCACUGGGCCGCUUCACCUGGUCGGCGACAUGGCGCUCUCUGCAACAUUGAUCGAUGUCAGUCACAACGACUUGGAGGGGCCACUCUCGACCGCACUGGUCGAAGCAUCUAAUCUGGUCUAUCUAUCGAUCGUCGGUAAUCUGAAGAUGCGGAUGGCGGGACCAUUAUUGCCCACGUGGCUGGAAUUCGACCGAAGCACAUUCAACAAGCCCAAUGGCGACUCCUUCUUCUGCUACGGCCUCCGGCCCAUAACCUACUUGCACCUGGAGACGUCGCCCGAGUACCUCAACUACGAGCACUGCUUCUGCGCGCCCAACUACUACGGCUUGCCGCCCGAUUACUGCCGGCCCUGCCCAGCGCACGGCAAUUGCAGCUACGGGCACAACGCCAUUUCGUGGAGUCGCGGCUAUUACCCUAUCUUCAACGACAGUGAGGUGCUGGCGGUGCUGCCGUGCACGGACACAUUGCACGGUGCGGCGGGCUUGAGCGCGUGCAAUCCCCACGGCAACUGCAGCGCCGAGCUGGGCUCCGCCUUCCUCCCAGCCUGUCAGCUGUGCGCUCCAGGCACCACCGGUCGACUAUGUUCGCGUUGCUUGUGUUCGGUUGACACGGCGGCCGAUGGCGAGUGCUUCUUCUCCAGCGACGGCCGCUGCGUGCGGUGCAACACGUCGACCACCAUCGCCGCGGCCACCGUUCUCGGCGCCUGCCUGGCCGCCGCGCUCGUCGCCUGGGCCGCCCUCGCCUGUCGCUGGCCGCCGCUCUACCGACGCCUGCGCGCUGCCGUGUCCCUGGUGUCCGACUCCGGCACGCUCAAGAUCACCGUCGUGUGGCUUCAGAUCACGGCCGCGCUCAACACAGUCGCCGGCGGUUGGCCCCAGUGGGCGCUCGAUCAGACCGGCAUCAAGUGGGUCCGCGUCAGCAACCUGAGCACCAGCGGCACGGGCCUCGAGUGCGUGAUCGGCCGCCUUGCCGACCCGCGCUGGAACCUGCUCGCCUACCUCCUCCUCCCCGUCGCCCUCUCCGCGCUCAUCGUCGCCGCCGUCCUGUGCCGCAUGGCCCUGACUCAGCUCCGUGGUUGGCGUUUCACUGCCGCGCCGUCGGCCUCGCGCUCGCCAUCGUCCGCCUCCGAUCAGCGCCUCGUCACCGACCCCGCCGCCCUGUCGCCUGUCAAUCACAGUGAUGAUGAUGAUGAUAAUGAUUAUCAUCAACAGGGAGACGAAGAGCGCAAGCAACUGCUGACGUUCGAGUCGAUCAACGACGCUGCGCUGGAGUUGGAAGCGGCGGCGGAGGGUUGGCAGGCGAGUGCGUGGGAGUGGGGGCGGUACAUGUGGCUGUGGAUGGUCUACUUCCUCUACUUUGGCCUCACCAGCCGCACCCUCGAGGUCUUCUCGUGCGUCGAGGAGCCCGUCGAAGCCGAGCGCUUCAUGGCCAGCCUCCCCUGGCUCCGAUGCGUCCCGACCACGGAGUGGGGCACGCUGGUGUGGAUGGGCACGGCGGGCGCGCUGGUCUACGUGCUUGGCAUUCCGCUCCUGUUGGCCGUGCUCCUAAUCGUCCACCGGCGCCGCGCCCAGGAGCCCGCCGUGCGGUACUGGCUGGGCCACCUCUACCGCUGCUACCGCCCGGCCAUGCACUGGUACGAGACCGCCAUCAUCGCCCGACGGCUGGCCAUCGCCGCCAUCGUUGCCAUGCUGCCGGCCGAGACCGCGCCCAUGGCCCGGGUGACCACCGUCGUGCUGGUGCUACUCGCCGCGUUCGCCCUCCAGCGCGGCUUCCGGCCCUUCACGCGCCCGAUCGACAACGCGCUAGAGGAGGCGGCCCUGGGCACCAUCCUGCUCACCUUCAUCGCCCAGACCGCCUGGCGCAACCAGGAGCAGUUCAGCUCCUUCUUCGCCACCGACUACUCGCUUGUCGAAAAGGCCCUCGGGCUAGACACCGCAUGGUACGCCACGGCGUUGUUGGUGUGUUUGAUGGUGUGGCACGUGCUGUUCUUCGGCGCGCUGCUGGUGGUCAUGGUGUGGCCGCUGUGCAUCAUCGUCGGCUCCGCCCUGCGCCGUCGCUGGCGCCUGCGCUUCGAUGGAAGUUCCGAAGCCAUCCAAUAA